UCAGGAGCGCGCUUUACCGGACCCUCCCUGCUGUAUCGAUGAAGUUGUGCCUCAAAGAUGGCGGACUUCCUGCCGUCUCGAUCCUUUUUAUCUAUCUGUUUCCCAAAGUGUCUCCUCAACAGCAGCGAAGCAGAACAGAUGAGAAGGUCUAAGGAGAUCGACAAGUCUAUUUCGAGGGAGAAACCUUUUGUAAAGCGCCUCGUGAAGAUCUUACUGCUCGGAGCAGGGGAGAGCGGCAAAUCCACUUUCCUCAAACAGAUGCGCAUCAUACACGGCCAGGACUUCGAUCAACGGGCCAAAGAAGAGUUCCGGGCUACGAUCUACAGCAAUGUAAUCAAAGGUGUUCGCGUUCUGGUGGACGCCCGAGGCAAGCUGCACAUCCCGUGGGGGGACGAGAGUAACCAGGCGCACGGGGACGCCAUGCUGGGGCUGGACACGCGCUCGGCCCUGCUGCCCUGCGGCAUGGUGGAGAGCAAGCUCUUCCAGCAGUACCUGCCCUCCCUCCGCGCCCUGUGGGCCGACAGCGGCAUCCAGCAGGCCUACGACCGCCGCCGCGAGUUCCAGCUGGGGGAGUCGGUGAAAUACUUCCUGGACCAUUUGGACAAGCUUGGGGAGCCCGAUUACCUUCCAUCGCAGCAGGAUAUCCUGUUGGCCAGGAAGCCCACUAAAGGCAUCCAUGAGUACGAUUUCCAAAUCAAGAACGUUCCCUUCAAGAUGGUGGACGUGGGCGGGCAGCGGUCGGAACGCCGCCGCUGGUUCGAGUGCUUCGACAGCGUCACCUCCAUCCUCUUCCUCGUGUCGUCCAGCGAGUACGACCAGGUGCUGAUGGAGGACCGGCUGACCAACCGGCUCAAGGAGUCGCUCGACAUCUUCGAGACCAUCGUCAACAACCGCGUCUUCAGCAACGUUUCCAUCAUCCUCUUCCUCAACAAGACGGACUUGCUGGAGGAGAAGGUCCAGACGGUGGACAUUAGGGACUACUUCCCCGAGUACCAGGGCCAGCCACACUGCCUGGCGGACGUGCAGAAGUUCCUGGUGGAGUGUUUCCGGGGGAAGCGACGCGACCAGCAGCAGAAGCCGCUCUACCACCACUUCACCACCGCCAUCAACACGGAGAACAUUCGGCUGGUGUUCCGCGACGUCAAGGACACCAUCCUGCACGACAACCUCAAACAGCUCAUGUUGCAGUGACGUUGCCGUGACGUUGCCGUGAUAGUUGCAAGAGAAAAAGAAGAAAAGAAAGUGUCGUUGUUAAGGGUCGUUUCUCCCCCACCCCCCCAUUCUACUUUCGAAGGACCUCAUCUCAAUUCUCCCCUUUUACGAUUCGUUUUUUAACUCCAUGUAAAAAAAAAAAAAAAACGACCUUUUAAAUGUUUGUGAUUUGAGCGGGGAGGUGUGGAUGGGUCAUAGGACUGGGUUUGGGGGUUUUGUCGUUGGAUGAGGUCACUCAGACCCUUGUCAUGAUCUGUCACAGAUAGGGGUGCAGUUUGUUUUUCAACAAAAAACAUUUUUUAAAAUUGCUUUCUCCCUCCUGCACUGGAAUGCUGACCUGUAGAUGGCGCCAGUGUGUGGAGUAACUAACCUGUGGUAAAGGUUGAAACAAGUGGGUCGCUUUAGGGGCGUGGUCAGAGUGUAGGGACCAAUCAGAGCACUGUUCUAAUCCCUGUGUUUCUGAGCUUUUAACAUUCUGGGAAUUGGCUGCAGCAAUACCUUUACCUCUUAAACAGGAACCAGGAAUCUAUGCCAAUAUCUGGCUGCGGUGAACGGAGACACAGUCUACCGGAGUGGAUGUGUAUUUCCUUCAGCUGUAGUCUUCCAAUAAGCUGCGGGUUUUUUUCGUUUUUUAAUUUUUUUUUUAAUUUUUUAAUUGCUUUUCAUGUUGAUUUCAUUUCUAGGGUUUGCUAAAGUUGUUUCAUUGGAUCAUUGGAUCAUUACUGUUCUGUUUCCAACUGCUAAUGUGCAUGUGACAGGACAUGGCAAAAUGAGGCAAAAUGCUCUCGCACGUAAACAGAUGUGUGCGCGCACACACAGACACAAAUACACACACAUUGACACAUACACGCACACAUGCACACACACAUUGACACACAAUUAACAUUGAUGCACACACGCACAUACACACAUGCACACACACUCGAUUGAUAAAUGAAACUAGUGAUGUGGGUUUUUGUCCGUGAGCACCAGCAGACGCAGUACGUACGCUUUAAUCUCAGGGCUGAGUUUAGACCACUUCUUGUGUUUGAGGCGGGGAAAAGAGUGACUUUCUUUCCUUAAAUCCCUGAAAGAGGCUGACAUCUGUGAGCAGGCUUUCGGUCUGUGCUGGGGCGUGGACUGCUGACUGAGCGCUUUCUCUGUCUUACGCUUCCUGUGGUUUGUGCUGGUGGAGAGGUGUCCGUUUCUGGCCAGACGGGAAUUUUCAGUUUUUCCCGGGGGCUUUGCGGACCCCGUUGGGAACGCGUGGGCUUCCAGGGUCUGUUUCCGGCUGCUGUGGGCGUGGCUACAGAAGUGUUAUUCGUAACCCACGGCGAUACUCGCCUCUGUGUGUUUACUGAUCUCUGUGCCCUCCUGCUCCUCCUCCUCCUCCUCCUGCUCCUCCUGGUGUUGGCUCUGCACACACAAGCUUUGAGGCGUGACAGUAUUUUUGAGAGACGUUAAACGGGGGCUUUUCCAGCUGCGCCCCCUCCCAGUGGAAGAGUGGCGUGACGGUCUUCCUGGAGGGGGGGUCUGCUUCGUCACGGUAACUCCGCCCCCGGGGGGCGGGGCUUGUGCGUAGCCCGGUGAGCGCCGUGGCGGGUUUUUGAGAUGCGCGAGCCAUCGCCCGUGAGCACUGUUCUGGGAGCCGGGUGUUCUGGGAUACGUGCGGCCUGAUGAUGUCACUGACUGGCCUUUAGUACCCUCUUCCCCCCUCCCUUUGUCAGGGCCGCACUACGUCUGAUGGAGACCAGAAAAACACACAAAGCAUUGGCUUCACUUCGGGAGGGGGGGGGGGCCCAUUGUGCCAGUGCAGCCUCUGGCACUUUUGCUGAAUGACCCCCUGUGGUUUUGUAGUGCGGGGGGGGGGCAGCAGUUUGUUUUGAAUUUCACCCGCCACACGUUUGACCAGCGCAACCCCCAUCCUGUGCGGAGCACCGCCUUAAACUGACCAAUUGUGUGACAGACGUAGGCGUUUUUUUUAAUUUUUUAUAAGUGAUUUGUGUACGAGACCAGAGAACAGAGUCAGCCCUUGUUAGUCUACUAACACCUGUGCCCGUCCCCUAACGCCUGUGCCCGUCCCCUAACGCCUGUGCCAGUCUCCUAACGCCUGUGCCCAUCCCCUAACGCCUGUGUCAGUCUACUAACGCCUGUGCCCGUCCCCUAACGCCUGUGCCAGUCUCCUAACGCCUGUGCCCAUCCCCUAACGCCUGUGGCGGUGCACGGUUUAGGGUUUUCUGGGGUUUAGUUUUUUCCGUUUAGAGUGGAGAUGUGACUGAAGCCACAAAGUGGCCCCCCCAAAUCUCUGAACCACAUGCCUUUGGGGGAGCUGUCUGCCAGCUGGACCCUUGUUUAUAGUUUUUGAUUUAAGAUUGUUUUUAAUUCUGUAACACUGCGACGCGUAACGUUGCGCUCUGCCACAAAAUUAUUCUUUUUAAAUCGCUGGCGGUAACGUUGUCUUCAGUCGGAGUUGAUCUUCCUGAUUAAUCUCCUCUGUCAUGACAGUCCAGCAGACUGUCUGUGUGAUCAUUUGAGCGCCAAAGUUUAGGGCAAUGAUGCUGUAAUACAUGUAUAUACGGUUUCACCUGAAAGGAGUUUCAGUUUGAUCGCUCUCCUGUACCAGGCUGCAGAACCACUCUCAGGGCGUGGUCUCAUCCUCCUGCACCUAGAGGGCGCUAGAGUGUCCCUGUGGAGUCCGACCCCUCUCUGACCUCUGUCAUCAAUCUGACUGUUAAAGGAAAAAAAAAACACUGACCCAAUUUGCCUUGUUAACUAUGCAACAAUACCUGCCCAUCCUUCUAGAGAAGUGACUCCAUUUUGAGAUGAUAAAUGUAAAUACUGUUUUUUUUUUUUUUUUUUUUUGCUUUUUAAAAAAAAAAAAUCCCAGCAAGUAAGCAAAAUGAUUGGCCGAAAAAUUGACAGUGCCUAUUCUCAAGCACCUGGUUUUACCCAAUUGUGGUCUUUUAGUUUUUUUAAUGUUUAGAUUUUAAACAAUUUUGCCGCCUUAUUUAGGUGUUGUACAUGUCUUAUGGAACAGAAAAUGAGUUGGUUAUACUCUUCUGGUUUUUAUUUUAGUUUAUUUUUUUGAAUUGAUCUUUAUUCUUCCACCUGAUUUAAUUACUGCUGUCUAAUGCAUGGAUUUGGGAUACAGGGCUGUGUAUCACCUCCUGAAGUCCCCAUCUCCCUGUCAGUGUGCUGGCUUCUGUAUGUGUCCCGUUGGAGGUGUGGGGACAGCGGCGGAGUUUGGGGGCUUUUGGGGGGGGGGGGGCAAUGUUUGCGAGCUGCAGUCAGGAUCUUUUUUCCCAGCUGACCUCGCUCUUGCAUUCUCUCUCUCCACCCGAAGGUUUACUCUUUCACCUGGAUGGCUCCAAUGUCUCGUUUUCUCAAUAAUAAAAAAAAAAAUAACAUCUUUCCAAAUGA